AUGGUUCUUGCUAUUGACCUGUUUCGGACGGAUAAGGGCGGUGAUCCGGAUUUAAUUAGAAAGAGCCAAGAAAACCGGUACAAAAAUCCUAGGGCUGUCGACGAAGUGAUUGACCUAGACAAUCAGUGGCGCAAAGCUCGCUCUGAACACGACAAAUUAAACCGCUCAAAGAACCUAUGCAGUAAGACCAUUGCGAAGAAAAUGAAGGCAGGACAGUCCUCUGGUGAUACCAAAACUGAACCCCUCGAUGACCUCCUGAAAGGUCUGUCUGAUCUAAAACCGGAGCAGUUAGAGGCAGGACAGUCCUCUGGUGAUACCAAGACUGAACCUCUCGAUGACCUUCUGAAAGGUCUGUCUGAUCUAAAACCAGAACAGUUGGAGGAUCUGAGUGUUUGUCAGAUUAAGACACUCACUACCUACAUUGAUGAAUUAAUCAGAGACCAGGAGGUUCUUUCCGACGCGUUGGAGAAGUCAAGGAAUGAUAUUUUGUUCGAAAUCGGUAACAUUUUACAUCACGAGGUGCCAAUCUCGAACGACGAGGUCAACAACAAGCUCAUCCGCACCUUCGGUGAUUGUUCUGUUGAGAAGCGUUAUUCACACGUUGACUUGGUGACGAUGGUAGAUGGAUUCGAUGGAGAACGGGGAACAAGUAUCUCGGGUAACCGUGGUUACUUCUUGAAGGCGAGUCGUUUUCUUCCUCUUGGUCCGCUGGUGUUUUUGGAGCAGGCUCUCAUUAACCUAUCCCUGAGGAUGCUUUAUGAGCGUAAUUACACGGCUUUGUACACGCCCUUUUUCAUGCGCAAGGAGGUGAUGAAAGAAGUGGCACAGCUUUCUCAGUUCCACGAGGAGUUGUACAAGGUGACGUGUAAAUCCGAUUCUACUGGCGAUCCGGCCAAGGAUUCUCUCGAUGAGGAGAAGUACUUAAUUGCUACCUCAGAACAGCCGAUCGCUGCCUACCAUCGUGGCGAGUGGAUGUCGCCGUCGGCGUUGCCCAUCCGCUACGCCGGCUUCUCUUCCUGCUUCAGACAGGAGGUUGGAAGCCACGGUCGCGACACACGAGGUAUCUUCCGCGUGCAUCAAUUUGAGAAGGUCGAGCAAUUUUGCAUGACAUCGCCUCACGAUAACGCGUCUUGGGAGAUGUUCCACGAGAUGAUUGCAACCGCAGAGAGUCUGUACACGGUGAGUUGGGGCUGUUUAGUCGACGGGACUAUUCGAUGCGUGCUAGUUAGCAGCGCGGGUUAG